UGAAUUCCUGGCCAACUUGUACUGCGAACAACUUCCUUGUGAGGUCCAUUGGUCCUAUGUCAGUGACCUCCGCUAGUCCUAAAGAAAAGCUCACCUAGAUCGAUAUCAGCCCAAGUGCCAUGGCGGGUGAGAAGCGUCCCUUGCGGCCCGUGGCUUCUCCCUUACGGGUCUCCACGGCCUUUGGCGCCGACCGGAAGGCGGCAUGUGCCAAAGUGGCCAAGGUGGCCAAAGUGGCCAAGGUGGCCAAGGUGGCCAAGGUGGCCAAGGUGGCCAAGGUGGCCAAGGUGGCCAAAAAAGUCGCCAAGGUCGUCAAAGUGGUCAAAGUGGCGAAGGAAUUCGCCAAGGCACCGACAGGUCGAUCAGUGAAACCGGGAGUGAAGUCCGUGAAGCUGGUGAUUCGCCGACGCGUCGAACGAGUCGAACGAGUCGAACGAGUCGAACACACCGCAGAAAACGACACAGUGCAGAAGGCACUGGAGCUCUACGAGACUUUGCAUUCCGAAUAUGUCAAGACCACCACGGAGAAGCAGGACUAUGCCUUGGCGCGAGAGCUUUGUGCGAAGCAAGUGACGAAGAUCUACAGCCAACUUCACCGCAUUGCGCUGGAGCUGCUGGAGUCGGUCGCAGAACAAGAUCAAGCUUCGAACUACCGGGUCCUCAAGUUCAGGGGCGAAGCGACUGACCGCCGGCGGCGCCUGAGUAGUCACCUGGCGCUGGCGCGGAAAACUUCGCAGGGGCAGAAGAGGGACGCGCUGUGUGCCAUCCUGGCUGCGCUUUGUUGCCGCUUGCAGAAGAACUGGCUGGCUGCCUGGGAUGAUGAGGCUCACGGAAAUGCAGUGACUGCCAGUGCCGUUGCGAAAUGGAUUGGACUGUAG